AUGGUUACCCAGAGUGUAAAAUCUGAAGAGAAAGACUGUUUUAACGACUUUUCUUCUAUUUUAUUUGAAGAUGACUUUGAAGCAAUUGCACCAGUGAUCUGUCCUAGUAAGUUGUGUUUGUCAUUUUAAUUUUAUGUUAACUACUGUAUUACUGGCCGUAUACUUUAGUCAUUGAAUCGACUGGUCGACCAGGCCCUGAUCUUUUGAAAGGAAACACAAUAUUCAAAGGAGCCAGACAAACUUGUGAAUCUUUCAGGGAUAUUAACAUAGAAAUGGGUAACUUCUCGUUGAAGAUGUUCAGAGCUACAGUAAACCCUGGUAAUGGUACGGAAUGCUACAGUAGAGCUAGUAUGGACUGGGAGUUCUGCUUCUUGGAUAGUUGUUCUCCAGAAGACAUUCGACAACUGCUAGAUGGCUUCGCUCCAGAAGUCGGAGAGAAGGUUUGUGACAUUGUGAAGUACGAUCAGUACAGCUUCGGGUUCAGUUGGGGCACUGUUAUAUUGUUGUAAGUUCUAUCAGCACUGUUAUCUCCUUGUGAGUUCUAGUAGCAUGUUUAUAUUGUUGUAGUUAUAUUUUCACUGUUUUAUUGGUGUAUGUUCUGUCUUGUUUUUACAAUAUUAUGUUAGGUUAUUGUACUUUAUAUUGUUUUAGUAGUACAAUCAUUAGUUAUUUGAUUUUCACUGGUGUUGUAUCAGUGUAUACGAUGUUUAUAUCAUCAUUCCCUGAGGGCAAUAUUCUCCAUUUUGUACAAACUUCAGGUAAUUUUAGGUGACACUUUAUUUUUUAAAUCAAACUUUUUGAAUUUAAAUGUUAAUAUGAUCUCAUCUACCUGUUUUAAACUGUAAAUUUUAUUAUUUUAAGGUCGACCAACUAAGAUCUUGAUGUCAUUCUCUAUACCGUUCAACAUGUACAUGUUCUUCAGCACAUCUACACGAUCUUACAAGUCAGCUUCACUAAACUUACUAGUUACAGUAAGCUUUAUUUGGUUGGUAUUUGGAGAGAUGGGCAAUUACUACACGAUCUAUGGUCGAAAUGCUUUAGAUAUCCAGAGUUCUACGAAUUCUAUCUUCAGUCAAGCUCAGACCAUGUUUCUAAUUACUUUGGAAACGUUUGUGUUCAUCAUAGCUGUGAAGAUAGGAUCGUACUACUCAAAACAUUUCGUUUACAAUAAUGUGAGGUUAGAAAACGAUAUGUCUAGUCGCUAUACUGUAGUGUUUAUGGCUAGCAAAUUUGUUUUAUCGUAGGUUUUACGGUAGUUUUGUGUUACUUUAACGUACUGUUGAGUUUUUUUAUACAUUUAUAUAGUUAUGGUUUGUAGAAUUAUAUUCUUAGAGUUACAAUACUAUAAGAAGUCCAUGAAUACUUAACAUUGAUUUAUAUUUUAGGUACAUAAUGGCUUACUAUCUGAUUGCUACAGUAUAUUCUGUUGUGAUAUACGAUUAUUUACUAUCAGAAAUGCCUUUACUGUAUCGUUCUUUGGCUUCUGAAGGAUGUAGCAAUUCUUGGGUCAAUUAUUUGUUUAUCAGCAACUUUUAUGGCACUGUAAGUGUUGAGGUAACAGCAUGUCUUUGUAGAUACUGGUUUGUAUCAAAUGGUGUACUUAAUACCGUAGUUUUUAUUCUUUACAGACAAUUUUUAGAGUAUGAAGCAACUUUUAUUAAUUGAUAUAUUGUUUUAGUGCCUUCCAAACACAUUUAUAGUCCCAGUCAUAGUACAGUUAUCACUAGUACUAGUACCAAUGUUUGUAAUUUUCAACAAAUUCAGUAAACCACUUACUGUAGUUGUAAUUCUAAUAUUGCUUGUCACAUCGAUGAUUACUCGGGGUAUGUUGGUGCACUCUUACGACCUUCCACCAACAUAUAUUAUUGGAUACGAUGUGUUGGAUAAAGAAAAGUUUGACUUUUAUCGUACCUAUAUUCAUAUGUUACCAUGGAAUUACAUUGCUCCGUUUGGGGUUGGUCUACUGGUCGGUAGUUGUGCUGAUUGUCCUAAACUUAAAAUAUUUAAGAAUGGAGCUUUCGUAAGUUGGUGGUUUAUGACCUUUUGGGCUUGGUCAUGACUUAGCUGUACAAUAUAAUAAACAAAUAUUGUCCCUUUCAGCCCUUCAAUCUCCUUCCACUGAUACUAGUACCAUCCUUGAUAUUACUAUUGGCUCUGUCAGUCAACAGGUUUUACCUUGAGAACGAGUUGAUGGAGCAGCCUUACAGAGCUCUGUUCUCAGCUGGGAUGCCUAUCAUAUGGUCGAUAGCCUUGGCAUCAUACUCAUUACUGUUCAACUUUAAAAGUACCUUGGCUAGAGCUUUUGUUAACCGGUCUGGCUGGCUUAGAGUGGCUCAAGUGGUACCAAUAGCUGUGGUGAUAAAAGAGUUGGUGUAUCCCUUGAUCGUUGGGUACUCUUUGCCUUUGUUUGAGUUUGUCAGUUUCGGUCAGAUGGUAUGUGAUUGAAGUAGUACGAUGUUGAAAUGAUUAUGUGCAUUGCUAUAUGUUUACUGUACCUCCUUAUACGAUACAUUAUACUGUAGUAAACUUGUUUUAAUAUUUAAAAAAAGUGGUUACUUUUCAGUCAAUCUUACUUGGGAUUCCAGCAUUAACACUCACUUUGUUGGUAUCUACUGCGUUACAUAUUGUUCUAGUCAUGCCAUUACAACAGGUAGGCCUAUGUAUUAGGUUGUUCAAAUAAUUCUGAGCCUCCUAUCAAGGCUAACGUUUGACGUUUGAUGGCCCAGAAUUAUUUGAGAAACCUAAUACAUAUAAUAUAGUCGUACCUUGACCCCCCCCCCCUAGAAAAAAAUUUUCGAAAAAAUUUGAACGUGGUCCCCCUGUGGAUCUUUGGAAAAAAAUUUUCGCGAAAAAUCGGCACAGGUCACCUGUGCCGAUUUUUUUGGACUCCUGCCCCCAGACCAAAAGUCCUCGCCCGUCCCUGAUUAUAGGUAAACGUAUACUUUUUAGGUAUUUGAUGCCAUUUUUGUAGUACCUGAAUCCUACGGUACUUGA